CGUAAAUGAACACUUUAACCGUUUUAGAAUAUGUAGAAGCUUCUCGAUAUGUUCUCGAAAAUAAAAUCCCCAAAUUGUAUUCCAUUUCAUAAAAUCAAUCUAUUCACGGCGAAUUAGGGCACGGAUAUUGAUCGAUCGAUCGUCUUCAUUCAAGGUUGAAAAUGAGAGGCAGAAGUUACAGCUACAGCCCUUCACCACCAAGAUACCGAAGCAGAAGCCACCGAAGUCCUAGUCCCAGGGGUCGUUAUGCUGGUCGUGCUAGAGAUCUUCCUACUAGCCUUUUGGUUCGCAACCUUGGCCGUGGUUGUAGACCAGAAGAUCUUCGUGGACCAUUUGGAGAGUUUGGACCCCUGAAGGAUGUUUACUUACCGCGUGACUAUUAUACUGGAGAGCCACGUGGUUUUGGUUUUGUUCAGUAUGUCGACCCAGAUGAUGCUGCUGAGGCCAAAUAUCAUAUGGAUGGUCAAGUUCUUCUUGGUAGAGAGCUGACAGUUGUGUUUGCUGAGGAAAAUCGGAAAAAGCCUUCAGAAAUGAGGGCAAGAGAACGCUCUAGGGGAAUUUCAUAUGACCGUAGAGGAUCAUCCAGCCGUUAUUCUCGUUCACCAGGUCGUGGGAGGUCAUACCAUCGCAGUCCAAGUUACUAUUCUCCUUCCCCUAGGCGGGGCCGUGGAAGGUCAUAUCAUCGCAGUCCAAGUUACUAUUCUCCUUCCCCUAGGCGGGGCCAUGAAAGGUCGUACCAUCGUAGUCCUAGUUACUAUUCUCCUUCCCCUAGGCGGGGCCGCUACUCUCGUUCCAUUUCACCUCGAGACAGAAGGUACAGAGAGAGGUCUUACUCAAGGUCAAGGAGCCCAUAUGGAUCCGUAAGCAGGAGUCCCAGCCCGGUGAGGAGCAGGAGUCCAGAAGGUUAUUAGUCAUUUGAGGCCAGAAAGAAGGAAAAUUGGAAGCUCGUCUUAUAUAUGUAAUGUAAAUUACUACUACUUGUUAGCCUCGUGUAUUAGAAGUCUGAAGUGAUGUUUAAUUUGGUAACAUUGCGACUUGGUUGGUUCUCAUGAUAUGUUAAAACUUUGAAGUUUCUGAACAGAGAAAAAUUGGCAUCA